AUGGCAUCUUAUGUGACAAUUGAGAAGCAGUACUUUGAAACCUUGCUUAGACGAUUCGCAAGUGUCGUGAAUAUGACACUCAUCAAGGACCCAACCAGCUCACAAGCAGAGCCUAUCUCAAACGGAGGCCCUCCCCCCAAGGGGAACGCUCAUUUAUCUCAUCGGCCAACACCAUACACCGAGGAGGCUGAACCAGCAUACAAGUACUCUACGCAAGUGGGUUCGAGGCCAGGGACAGGGGCACAUCAAGCAAGUUACAAUGAGAGGUCGACAAACCUUGUCUAUCCUGAAGCAAAAUCGUCGAUGAACCAUGCCUCAACUGAUAAUAACGACGAUGACUCCCUUCCCAGCGAUGAUAGAUUGGAGUUACCGAUCCAUGGAGAAGGCCCUGCCACCCAUGAUUCUCUAAAACAGUCGGUAAAUGGAGGUGAGAACCGUACCGUAGCGAUCAAGAAUGUCCCUGAGCGAGCAACGCAUAGGGAUAUCACUGCAGCUGUUCGGGGAGGCGCUCUGGUGGAUGUUUUCCUUCGAUCCAGAGACCACAUGGCGAGUGUCUCCUUUGCGGAUACCAAGGCAGCACAGGACUUUUAUAACUAUGCUAAACGCUGCAACCUAUGUAUCUUGGAUAGACCGGUCGACGUAUCCUGGGGCGAGCGCCAGUAUUCCCUAUCAACAUACCUUGCAUCCCAGAUGGCCAAUGGAGCAUCUCGAAACCUCAUCAUCCGUGGCGUGCACCCAAACAUUACUGAAUCGAUGAUCCGUGAGGAUAUGAAACAUAUUCACAACCUCAUCAUCGUCAGCCUCACAUUCAAUCAUGGAAAUGUCUAUAUUUCCACCAACUCUGUCCAAAAGGCUUCCUUUGCUCGUAACUGCAUGAUGUCUCGCAUGCCGUACCGGAUCAUGAGGAUCGAGUAUUAUCAUGAUGAGUGUGCAGGUCCACUGCCUAGGAUCAAAGAGGCACCGGUCAGGGGACUGUCGCGCGCAGCUAAGCCAUUGAAUCCCAUGGCUAAUCGAUUCCAGAUGCUCCAUCUUGACGAGUCUGAGGAAGAGUCAGAUGAUCAGGAUGAUAUGGACAGCAAUACCCCCCUAGGAGGUGGGAUCAGCUGGCGAAACAAUACGAUUGCCGUCUAA